UUGUAAGGAUAAGGAGCUAAGGAUUACGCAACACUAAGUUUCAAAUCAGAAAGAAAUUCACAGUUUGUAAAUACUUCGACAAUGGUUUUGAUGAUUGCAAACUCUAUGAAUGGGGAAUCGCACAAGGCUUGGAUGAGGGCAACGAGCAAAAUUUGUAAAGGAAAAUAUAGAUAAGAUCAUCACAGGAAAGGGCUAUAUAGAUUGCCGCACAUCAGUACUGACUCCUUAUCAGAUGUUCUUUGUCAGUAUCUGCAAUAUGCCCUCCACUUUGUCAGUAUUGAAUCUCCAGAUGAUGUACUCAAGGAAUGUUGCUUAGACUUGGGAUUAUUUCCCGCAGACAGGAAAAUAUGUGCUGAUGCACUUUUGGACAUUUGGGUUUAUGUUCGAAAGCUACAAAGGCAGAAUGCUUUUGCCAUCUUAUCAGAACUUGCCAACAGAAAUCUGUUAAACUUAACUAGCAAUUCAAGAGGAGAUGCAACAAUCCAAUAUGGAAAUGCUUCAGAGCUUUACUUUUCCCGGUGUGAUGGAAUGCGAGAUUUGGUCGUAGGAAGGAAGAGGUUGGUGAUAGAAAGGAAUAACUUUGGUUCAUUAGAGAAAUGGGAGUUGCUCAGAGAUAGAGCAUCUGAUGCUCAAAUUCUCUCCAUUCUCACCGGUCCUAUGGAGAAAAAUGGCUGGUAUAAUAUGAAUUUCCCCGAAACAGACGCUCUGUUAUUAUUCUUUACUUCGACAGAAUACUUUCUUCCCCCAUUUCUGAAAUCCAUGAAAAAUAUGAAGUUUCUAAUGAUAUCCAAUUGCGGUAACAACAAGGCAACAAUGAAAGGUUUAAGCGUCUUAUCCUCACUUACUCAACUCAAGAGUGUCUGGUUGGAGGGGUUGAUUUCUCCCCUUGGUGGAAAACAGAGCAUUGAAGUACUAGAGAGCAUAGAGAAGCUAUCUCUGAGCUUAUGUAUAGGAUUUAAUGGUGGAAAACAGAGCAUUGAAGUACUAGAGAACAUAGAGAAGCUAUCUCUGAGCUUAUAUAUAGGAUUUAAAAAUAUACCCACAUUUACUAGAUUACAAGAUUUAAUUCUGGACCGCAACAAUAAUUUGGAGGAGUUGCCCCUCGGUAUCUGCAAUAUACCCUCCAUUCUAUCCUUGUCUAUUACCAACUGCCAUCAGCUUCAAAAUUUACCAUAUGAUUUUGGAAAUAUGAGCAAUCUAAGAAUGCUAAGGUUAUCGACAUUGCCAUGUUUGAAACAGAUUCCUGCAUCAAUUGGAAAGCUUGAACAGUUGGAGUAUCUAGACAUUUCACUUUGUGAGGGCUUGAAAGAGCUUCCAAAAGAAAUAGGACAACUCAAGAAAUUGAGGGAGCUCGAUGUGAGAGAGUGUUCCCAUCUGAUCACCUUACCUUGGAAUGUUUGUGAACUAAGCUCCCCGAAGCUUGUUACCUGUGACGAGACGAUUGGGAAGCAGUGGUUGCAAGCCAAGAACACUUCUAUUGCUGAUCUUAGAGUUGAAAUUGUGGAAGCACAAUUUAGUCUGGAUUGGCUUGACGAUUGACUUUUAUCUCUCAUCUUGAAUAAUAAGAUCUAAGGAUCUUGACAUGCUUUGUAAUUUUUUUCAUUA